CUCCAUGACUAUCUAAGUAAUCUUUUGGGUUCCAAGUUUGGCUUGUUUUAGCUUUAAUGUACAAUUUAUCCUGGCGGUCAUAUCAACAUAAGCAUUUGAGAGGUUGGUAGUAUUUUCAAAGUCCAACUAAUCUAGGUGAGCAGCCAAACAAAACAAUAAACAUUGGAGUAAAAGUCUGUUCAUAUUUUUCUCUACCAACUCUCAAUUUCACUUCUCCCUCUCUAUCUGUUUUCAGAAGAUGAUCAAUAAUCAGAUCAUGGACUUGCAAAACACAGCAACCUUUCUAUCAAAAUCUUCAGCAGCCUCAGUAGUAUUAGGAGUUCCAUUAAAAUCAGUAUCAUCAUUAUUAUUUACAUAUUCAAUUUCAGAUUCUUGUUUGUUUCUAAAGAAGAAUAAAAAUAAAGGAAUAACAACAGCAGCAGAAGCAGUACCAAAUUCAAACUAUGUAGUACCAUUAGACAAAUCAUCAACAUCAUCAUGUAUUACAAGACCAUUAGCUGAGAUCUUAAGAGACCUCAACAAGAAAGUUCCUGACAAGAUCAUCAAACCUGAUUCCAAUUGCAUCAUUCCUUGGUUCCAUGCUAAUCGUAUGUUGAGCUUCUACGCACCAGGUUGGUGUGGAGAAAUACGUGAUGUUUUAUUCUCAGAAAAUGGAAAUGUGACAGUGGUAUAUCGUGUCACAGUACGCGGAUCUGAUGGAGAGGCACAUCGAGAAUCGUCUGGAACUGUUCCUGCCAGUGAUAACAUGGAGGAUCCAGUUGCUGCAGCUGAGGAGUUAGCUUUUUGCAGAGCCUGUGCACGGUUUGGUCUGGGUUUAUACUUGUAUCAUGAUGACGAGACACUAUAGAAUAAAUGAAAGGUAGCAGGGAGUUCCUUCUUGAGUAAUUGACAGAUCCUAAUUAAGUUGAGCCUUCACUUCUUGGUUAAAACAAAUGCCUGUCAUGUCUCUUGGUUUCUAUCUUUACUUGCAUUCGGAAUUAUGUGUAUGCAUUUCUUCCAACUGUUGUAAAUACUAAGAUGUGUGUUGAUUAUCGAAAGUUGACAUAGAUAUUUGAGAACUACAACGUAAGUGCAAGAAUUUUACCUCCAUUA